AUGGAGACGGCGACCUUUCUGCAAGAGGAGAUCGAGCUGCGCACUCAGCAGAACAACUAUGCCAAGGAGUUGCUCAACGAAAUGUGCGGCCUGAUCGAGCAGUCGCUGACCCUAAUGGAGGAGAACAAGACCGAUGUCGGAAAGCUCGAAGCCGACAUGGUGAGUCUGGCCACUGAUGUCGAGAAUGAGGGCAAUAAGCUGCGCGAGCGUAUCCACUGGCUUCACGAGACGAUCAGCCGUGAAAGCCAGCUGGCCAAGGAGACGCUGGCCGAGAAGGAGCAGCAGAUCGACGACCACGUCGAGAUGCGCGAGUCCGCCAUCAGCGAGCAGGAGUUGUACAAUUUGGAGCGACAGGUCGAAGAUCUGGAGGGCCGGCUGUUGGAGAUUGACGACAUCCUCACCACCACCGCCGACAUCCGCUCCCGGCUGGGGAUGCUCAAAGAGCAGGCCCAAGAGGCGCUGCAACGCCAGCAGAUCAUCGACGACAAGCCGGCCCCGUCGUCCUAUCGACUCUCGAGCGCGGCGGGUGAGCUGACGCGGGUGUUGCUCCAAGCCGAGGAGAUGCUCGACUUCCUCACCGGCUCGAAGGAGGCCGAUCUUGAGUUGGAGGCCAUCAACCUGCUCAACACCAUCACCCCAAUGCGUGUCCGCGCCGAGCAGAACGCGAACGCCACCGACGGAACGGCCCUCCGCUUCCUCGCCGACGUCGAGUGCGCCACCGGCAAAGUGUUCGGCAUCCGUCCCAACGCCCCCACCAAUUAUGGCAAAAUCACCGAGCAGGACGGCGACAGCACCAACACGUCGUUGGCCAGCGUC